AUGAAUAUAGUGGUGAUCUCAUGCCUGACAAGAUUAGCCAGAAACUAUUCUGUAACUCGUGGAUUAACCAGAAUCUAUUUUGUAACUCGUGGAUUAGUCAGCAACUAUUCUGUAACUCGUGGAUUAACCAGAAACUAUUCUGUAACUCGUGGAUUAACCAGAAACUAUUUUGUAACUCGUGGAUUAACCAGAAACUAUUUUGUAACUCGUGGAUUAGUCAGCAACUAUUCUGAAACUUGUAGAUUAGCCAGCAACUAUUCUGCAACUCGUGGAUUAACCAGCAACUCUUCUGUAACUCGUAGAUUAGCGAGUAACUAUUUUGCAACUUAUAGAUUAGUCAGCAACUCUUCUGCAACUCGUGGAUUAACCAGCAACUCUUCUGUAACUCGUGGAUUAACCAGAAACUAUUCUGUAACUCGUAGAUUAGCGAGUAACUAUUUUGCAACUUAUAGAUUAGCCAGCAACUCUUCUGCAACUCGUGGAUUAACCAGCAACUCUUCUGUAACUCCUGGAUUAGUCAGCAACUGUUCUGUAACUCAUUGA